AUGUCUGGACGAAUGAUUGGUAUGGCAUUUACUGAACCAGAUGGUUCUGUAACAUACGUCAAGUUCAAAGAAACUGGUGGAAUUGCUUACAUCAUCCACAAUUACGAUACUUUGGGAGAACUUGGACCAAGACAAUAUCCAAAGAGAGCGAAAAGAAGAACUAAAGAAGAAAUGGCUGCAGUACUUGAACAAUAUACUAAAAAAUAA